AUGGAACGCGGCCACAGCCCAAAGCGGCGCAAGCUCGACCCCGAGGAGUACUCCAUCGCGCCCCGCCCCAAGUUCCGCAAGCCAAAUCACCCAGCAUCCUCGAGGGCGCACCCGCCCAAGUCGCAGGACAAUGGCGCAGACCCGUCGCAGAAAUCCUUCGAUGGCCCAGAGCCGCUGGUCGAAGACUUUGAUUCCAUGGCCCUGGAUCGCGACUGGUACGGCGGCGAAGAGAAUGGACACACGUUCGGAGACGACACCCACAACCCGUUUGGUGGUGCUGAGAGCACAUGGCUCGAUGCCCAACGAGAGGCUGCUCUCACUGAGAAGAAACUGAACAACCGGGCCAGCAUGAGGGCGCAACAAAAGCAGAAGGACGUGGACGCUUGGGAGACGAACCGCAUGCUGCAGUCUGGAGUCGCCCAAAGAAGGACGUUUGACGACGACUUCAACGACGACGAGGAUGCCAUGCGCGUCCAUAUCCUUGUCCACGAUCUGAAGCCCCCAUUCCUGGACGGCAAGACCGUCUUCACAAAGCAAAUCGACCCUGUUCCAGCAGUUCGCGAUCCACAGAGCGACAUGGCUGUCUUCAGUAGGCGCGGCAGUCGUGUUGUCAAGGAGAAACGGCAGCAGAAAGAGCGUGCCAAACAGACCCAGGAGGCUACAAGUGCCAAGGGAACCACACUAGGAAACAUCAUGGGCGUCAAGGAGGAAGACACGGAUAGUGCCGCCCCAGGGCCCGAAGACGAGGAGAAACAGGGCGGUAGCAAGUUUGCUCAACAUCUCAGCAAGCAAGAGGGUGCGAGCGCUUUCAGUAAAAGCAAAACACUGCGGGAGCAGAGACAAUAUCUUCCCGCCUUUGCAGUCCGCGAAGAUCUCCUGCGCGUCAUUCGGGACAACCAAGUCGUCAUCGUAGUCGGUCAGACGGGCUCGGGAAAGACGACUCAACUGACUCAGUUCCUGUUUGAGGAUGGCUACGCAAAGCAAGGACUUAUCGGGUGUACACAACCUCGUCGCGUUGCAGCUAUGAGUGUUGCAAAGCGCGUCAGUGAAGAGAUGGAGGUCAAGUUGGGUGGUCAGGUCGGAUAUGCCAUUCGUUUCGAGGACUGCACCAGCAAGGAGACUAAGAUCAAAUACAUGACGGAUGGUGUGUUGCUCCGAGAGUCUCUGGUAGAACCAGACCUGGACAAAUACUCCUGUAUCAUCAUGGACGAGGCCCACGAGAGAGCUUUGAACACCGAUGUGUUGAUGGGCCUGCUCAAGAAGGUGCUGGCGCGGAGAAGAGACCUGAAAUUGAUCGUCACAUCAGCUACUAUGAACUCGGAACGCUUCUCGCGCUUCUACGGAGGAGCUCCCGAAUUUAUAAUUCCAGGGCGAACAUUCCCCGUUGACAUUCAAUAUUCGCGAUCGCCAUGCGACGACUAUGUCGAUGCUGCGGUCAAACAGGUCCUUGCCAUACAUGUCUCCCAGGGACCUGGCGAUAUCCUCGUCUUCAUGACUGGCCAGGAAGACAUUGAAAUCACAUGUGAGCUUGUAGCUGAAAGGCUCAAGCUUCUCAACGAUCCGCCAAAACUUAGCAUUCUCCCCAUCUACAGUCAGAUGCCUGCUGAUCUGCAAGCAAAGAUCUUCGACAGAGCAGCACCAGGUGUACGCAAGGUCAUUGUGGCUACCAACAUUGCAGAGACUAGUUUGACAGUGGAUGGCAUCAUGUACGUAGUUGACGCGGGAUUUUCCAAGCUCAAAGUCUACAAUCCAAAGAUGGGCAUGGACACACUUCAGAUUACCCCCAUUUCGCAAGCCAACGCCUCUCAGCGUGCUGGACGCGCUGGACGUACCGGGCCAGGAAAGUGCUUCCAUCUAUAUACCGAGCGAGCCUUCCGAGACGAAUUCUACAUUCAAACCAUCCCAGAAAUCCAACGAACAAACCUCGCCAACACCGUCCUCCUUCUCAAAUCACUUGGCGUCCGCGACCUACUAGACUUCGACUUCAUGGACCCGCCACCCCAAGACACCAUAACAACCUCGCUAUUCGAUCUAUGGGCUCUCGGCGCCUUGGACAAUAUCGGCAAUCUUACCAAUCUUGGCCGCACCAUGACAGCCUUCCCCAUGGAUCCGUCUCUCGCCAAACUCAUCAUCACAGCCACGGAAUACGAAUGCAGCGAAGAAAUGCUCACGAUCGUUGCCAUGCUCUCCGUCCCUUCGGUCUUCUACCGCCCCAAAGAACGUCAGGAAGAAUCAGACGCUGCGCGCGAGAAGUUUUUCGUCCCAGAGUCCGAUCACCUCACCCUGCUUCACGUCUACACACAGUGGAAAGUCAACGGCUACUCCGAUGGCUGGUGUGUCCGUCAUUUCUUGCAUCCGAAAGCGCUACGUCGUGCCAAGGAAAUUCGCGAUCAGAUCUACGACAUCAUGUCCAAGCAGAAGAUGAAGCUCGUCUCCUGCGGCACCGACUGGGACGUUAUUCGCAAAUGCAUUUGCUCGGGCUACUACCACCAAGCUGCCAAGGUGAAGGGUAUAGGCGAGUACAUUAACCUUCGUACCAGUGUUACUAUCCAGCUUCAUCCUACUUCUGCUCUGUAUGGCUUGGGUUACUUGCCUGAUUACGUCGUGUAUCAUGAGUUGAUUCUCACGAGCAAAGAGUACAUGUCAUGUGUUACGUCUGUUGAUCCGCAUUGGCUGGCAGACAUGGGUGCUGUCUUUUAUAGUAUCAAGGAAAAAGGCUACUCUGCCAGGGACAAACGUAUCAUGGAGACCGAAUUUAACAGGAAAGCUGAGUUGGAGGCGCAGAUGGCGGUCGAUAAGGCGAAUGAGGACCGGAGGAUUGCAGAGGAGGAAAACGGACCUAUAGUCAAGAAGGCAGGGGUGGUAAAGAAGAAGGAUGUGGACGAGGAUGCUGUGGUCAAGAAACCAGUCAUUGGAAAAUCAAAGUUCAGACGCAGGUGA